UAGACAUCCACCCUGCUGCACUGAGACUGCUCUACUGCCUACACAGCCCACCCCUCUACACUCUCCUGGCUGUGCCUGGGAUGUUCCACUGAAGGAUAUGAACUUUGAGGAUGUGGCCAUUGCCUUUUCUCAGGAGGAAUGGGACCUACUUGAUGAGUCUCAGAGACUUCUAUACUGCGAUGCGAUGCUGGAAGUUUUUGCACUUGUGACAUCUGUGGGUUUUUGGCGUAAAACAGAAGAUGAGUCCUGUCGUGACCACAGUAUAUCUAUACAAGGAGUGUCACAGGUCAGGGCUUCUAAGACAGCACCAGCAACCCAGAGGACCCAUCUCUGUAAGCAGUGUGUCUCAGUGUUAAAAGAUAUUCUGCACCUGACAGAGUCACAAGCAACAUACUUUGAGCAGAAAGCCUCUUGUAGUGACACAUGCGGGAGAGAUUUCUGUUUCAGUGCAAACCCUCACCAGCAACAGCGGGAUUCUAGUGGAGAGAAGCCCUGGCAAGAAGCUAUGAACAGGGCCUCGUUUAUGACCAGAUUAAACUUCUACUUAUCAGGGCUGCCUUCAACCAAUAGAGAGGUUGGGUUUGACUUCCAAGCUCUCUCAAGGUUUCUCCAGCACCAGACCCCUCUUAACACUGAGGAGCCACGCAGUGGAACUGAGAUUUCACAGACAUUUCUCAAGGGAAAAAGUCAUCAUGAAUGGAGUGAACAUGAAAAAGCUGCCAGCCACAAGCAGAAAGUUGUUCAGUGUUACAGUGUGUGCUCUGGAGAAGUGAAAUAUGAGGGUAACAAAUGUGGGAAAGUUUUUAGAUGUACUGUUAACCUCAAUAGACAUUGGAGAGUUCACACUAGAGAAAAGUCUUAUGAGUGUAUUGAUUGUGGGAAGCCCUUCCAUCAAAAGUCUUCUCUCACUAAACAAGACAAAGUUCACACUAGACAAAAAUCUGUCGAGUGUAGUGAAUGUGGGAAAUUGUUUAGGUGCAAUAGUCUCCUCCUUAAACACAAGAGAGUUCACACUGGAGAAAAGCCGUAUCAAUGUAGGGAUUGUGGGAAGUCCUUCAGUCAAACCUCUCACCUCAUUCAACACAAGAGAGUUCACACUGGAGAAAAGCCAUAUGAGUGUACUGAUUGUGGGAAGUCCUUCAGCCAUAGGUCUACCCUCACUGAACACCAGACAGUUCACACUGGUGAAAAACCUUAUGAGUGUAGUGAAUGUGGGAAGUCUUUUAGGUCCAAUAGUCAUUUUCGUUACCACAAGAGAGUUCACACAGGAGAAAAGCCAUAUGAGUGUAAUGAUUGUGGGAAGUCAUUCAGACAAAACUCUGCUCUUACAGAGCAUCAGAGAGUUCACACUGGAGAAAAGCCAUAUGAGUGUAGUGAUUGUGGGAAGUACUUCAGUAAUAGCUCUAACCUCCUUAAACACCAUAGAGUUCACACUGGAGAUAGGCCUCAUGAGUGUAUUGAAUGUGGGAAAUCUUUUUGCUACAAAUCUGCCCUCGUUCGACACCUGAGAGUUCACACUGGAGAAAAGUUUUAAAUGUGAAGGCAACGUUUUAUCUUUCUCACUCAGAAUAAAAACACAAAAGGAGAAUCUUUUAGACCCAUUUAACUCAAUAUAAAUCACUUUUAUUAGACCAUAGAUUCUGCUAGAUUCCUCAUAAGUUUCAUGUACAAGUGAGGCUUUAAAGAGCUUCAUUGCAUUUGCUAAUCUGCUCAGGCCUACAACCUGAUUUAUUCAUAGUAAUGUUUAUCGCUAGCUACAGAUUUCCCCCAUCUUUCAGGUAAUUUGUAGAUACCAUCCCAAAAGAAUGGUUCUUGUUUUGAGGCAAACCAUUCAGAGAUCCAAUUUUUCACUUCUUUGUACAUUUUGAAGUGCUGCUCAGAAAGUGCAUGUGCCAUCUAU